AUGGCAGGUAACAAUGACUUUGAUUCAUUAUUGUUACAAUUACAAGAACUUGAUAAAUCAAAAGAUUAUUUGACUAUUGGUAAUACAUUAGAUCGUCGUUUUGAUUCAAAAAUUAAUGAUAUAAUUCGAAAAUGGAUAUCAAAUAAUAGAUUAUCGAAUGAAGAAAAAACGUUUAUUGAUUUAUAUUCAAGUCUUCAAUUAUAUUUUGUUGAAUAUUGUUUUUUUGAUUCACAAUCAAUAACAAAUAAUGAAGAUAUUAUUGAAUUAUUUCGUACAUGUUUAUUUCGAGCAAAACAAAUUGAUGAUUUAAAACAAGCAGUUAUAUUUAUUCGUGAUGAACAACCAUCCAAAGAAACUGCAAGUGAAGAAGAUGAAAUGAUAAUUUAUCUUAUGCGUAUGCUUGAUGCACGAUCACUUGCGUAUCGAUUAUGUUUUAAAGAUCUUAAACCACCUCCAAGAAAUCUUAAUAAUGAACUUAAUUUAUGUCUUAUUCAUCUUCAUGCCAAAAAUUAUUUAUAUAAUAUGAAAUCAAAUACUAAUACAAAUAAAAAUAUGCAUGUGAGUUAUCGUCAUCGAUUUUUUAUUGGAUGUUGUACAUUUGCUGUUGCAUUAUUUGAUGAAAAUAAACGAUGUUUAAAAAAUGAUGAUAACAAAAAAUAUAUUUGUUUACUCGCAAAAUACGUUCGAAUUGUGUUAAGUACAAAAAAUUUCGAACAAAAUAAAUCAUUUCUUUAUUGUCUUCGUGGUAUUCUUGCUUUACUUACCAAUUGUGUUCCAACGGAAAAUUGGAUUCAGAUUAUUAAUAGAGCAUUAGCAAAUCCAAAUGAUGAUGAUGCACAAGAAGCAAAUCCAUUCAAUACUGAGCUAUUUUCCUUAAUAAUUGUUCGAUUAUUAGGAUCAAAUACUCUUCGAAAUAAAGCAAUACGGUCUGAUUCAAAUGAUACUACUUCAUUAGUUGAUGUAGCACUUAUAUUUCUUAACAAAUGGUAUGCUACAUCAAUAGAUCUCAAUGAUGAUGAUGAUGAUGAUGAUGAUGAUGAUGAUGAUGAUGAAAAUAAUAAUACAUCUUCAUCAUCGGAUGAACCAAAUCAAAUUCUUCGCCUAUUACGUUCGAGUAUAGUGAAAGACGGAAAAUUAACUCCAGUCUAUCCGACUUCAUACAUAGGAAAAAUCCUACGUCAAAUAGAACGACGUACUCACGAACACAGCAAACAACCUACAACAGAUAAUAAUUCCAACACACACCUACUAUCAACAACCAAUUCACAACAAGGUUCAAAUCGACCCAAACGACUGAUUAAGCCUAUUGAACGUUAUGGUAUUGACUCAAAUGCACAGUACCAGGAACAGCCAAAACAACAUCCUGAUGUUCAACCCAAAGCAAAAAAAUCAGCUCUUGGGAAACACGUAAAUGAACAACAUCAUCAAAUAGACUGGGACAAAAUCAAGAUACUUGACAUGGAUACCAAUGACUAUCGCCUCAAAAUACGAGAAUCAAUUGCCAUCAAACAACACAACCGAACCGCGAACUCAAUCCCACUACUUAUAUUCCCGGAAGGGAUAACAACCAAGAAACCAAAAGUUAAAAUAAAAAUUCGUGAACCUCUUAAUGAACAUAUAUUUAAAAAAUGGGCACAACCUGCUAUUAAUGCAUUUUAUAAGUAUUAUUUGUAUCAACUUGUUGUACCUAACAUGGAUAUUCUUAUUGGUUAUUUUAAAUUAUUUGAUUCAAAAGAAUCAGUUACACAAGCAGAAAAUGAAUAUUAUCGAGAACAAGUUAAACAAAGUGAACAAGCUCAUUUAACUGUCAUUGCUCGAGAUAUAAUUUGA